CGGGGAGGAGGGGCCACGCCAGCAGCCCACGUGAUCAUGAAGCGGCACGUAGCAAAAUGUCACGUUACAUCCCAGCCGGCCUGUUCGGGGAAAGGCAGACGUUAUUGUUAAGCAGUCAGCAGUUGUCUUUGCGAUCGUUUUCUGUUCACGGAGCGACAUGUCCACCGUGAAGAGCCUGAAAGUGACCUACAACCCCAUCAAUGAGAGGAACACCUUCACCAACGGCGACUUGAUCUCAGGCCAGGUCACCGUGGAGGUGGACAGAGACAUUCAAAUCAGCUCACUGUUCAUCAAGUUCCGCGCUAAGGCCGACGUCCUGUGGAGCGAGAGGCACGGGAACCACACAGUGGUUUACCACGCCAAGGAGAGGUACUUCAACAGCAAACAUUACUUUAUUCACGACAAAAACAUCGGAGUUGACAACCAGACACUACUGAGGAACCAGCACGGAGAAAUAUACAGCAGUGUUGUUGCACCAGGAUGCCACGUGUACCCCUUCACCUUCCAGAUCCCUAUGGGAAACUUUCCGUCUUCCUUCCGAGGUCCAGUUGGCAAAAUUGUUUACCAACUAGAAGCCAAGCUGAGCAGAUCGAUGAGGAUCGCCAAGAAAGAUUUGGCUGAUAUCUACUUUGUGUCGAGAUCAGACACAAACUUUGUCCACCUGGUGAUGAUUCCACAACAUGAGUCUAAGACUAAGAAAAUGAAGGUUUUCAGCUCAGGAUCAGUAUCAAUGGAUGUGAAUAUCGAAAAAACUGGCUUCAUUCAAGGAGAAGGAAUGAAGGUCAUGGCCAUGGUUCAGAACAACUCGUCUCGUGAGAUCAAGCUCAAAUACCGUGUCUACAUAAAGCAAAGCUUCUUUGCAAACUGUAGGAGAAAACUUUAUACCAAAGACCUUUUGAAGGAGGUGGGAGAGCCCAUCCCUCCAUCCUCAAAAGAAACAGUCACGAGAGUCAUCACCAUCCCCAGAGACAUGGAGCCCUCCAUCCUCAACUGCAACAUCAUCAAAGUGGAGUACAGACUCAGGGUUUACCUCGAUGUCAAAUAUGCCUCAGACCCAGAGAUCAAGUUCCCCAUAAUCAUCCUUCCAGCCUGUCAGGCUCCUUUUGCAGCACCCGCACCUCCUGGUCCAACGGACUUUGGAUUUGAACCAUUUGGGAACCCAAACCCACCAGUCUGGGGCACGGUAGCACCAGGUCCGCCAGGUUCGCCAGGUCCACCAGUCUGGGGCACAGUAGCACCAGCACCACCAGGUCCGCCAGUCUGGGGCGCGGUAACACCAGCACCAUCAGGUCCACCAGUCUGGGGCACAGUACCGCCAGCACCACCAGUCUUUGGCGCGGUACCACCGCAAGUACCACCAGUACCCCAAGCAUCCAAUGCCCCACCGCCUUAUGAAGAACAUGCCAUGUACCCGUCGUUGCCAGAUCACAGUGAUCAUAAAACUUUGUUGUAAGUUGUAAGUUUGCUUUUAUACUGUUGAAUUUGUAGACUUGUUUUAUAACGUUCCUUCUUUUAAGCUGGACGUCUUGACCUCUGCUGUUACAUAAACAUAUAGAGUAUUUACAGAACCUUAAAUGACGUUUUGCAUUGGCUUUUAAACAGCAGUAGCUCUUGUUUAAUUGUAUCACUGUUUUAUAUGAUGAAUUUCUAUGUUACUAAAAAAAAUAAACUCUUUUUUGCGCCCUG